AUGCCGUCCCAAAAGUCAUUCCGCACCAAGCAGAAGCUUGCGAGAGCCCAAAAGCAAAACAGACCCAUCCCACAAUGGAUCCGUUUGAGGACUGGUAACACCAUCCGAUACAACGCAAAGAGACGUCACUGGAGAAAGACUCGUAUCGGUCUAUAGAUGCAUCACCUUUCAACAGCAAAACAUUCCAUCUUCUCCUCAACCUCUACCCACGCUCAUACGAUUUUUUCUUUUUUCCACUUCUCGCCCAUCCACCAAACCUUACUCUACUUAUUCCGAAUUCGCACGAUCUAAGACACGAAUGGCAAUUUUUAUGAGAGAGGAGCAUGGAGAAAUGAAAUGAUAAUCUUUGCUCGGUUUGGCAGGAG